AUGGACACAUUUUAUAAGUACCAGGGGGUGGAGAUGAGAGUGAUGAAGAGGAAUGCGUGUUCAGAAAAUGGUUCCGUCAUAUUGGAGAUCUGUCCGGACAAACCGAACAUUAAGCUAUGUGUAAAGAAGGUAGACAAUGACAUUGCCUCAGCCAUGUACUGGUUAGUAUCUGCUGAACUAGACAAGAAAAAUCAAAUAGAGAUGUUUCAUUCAGAAACGCCGAGUGUAAAAAAGAAAUAUAUUAUUGAAGAACUUGCAAAGUCAGAAAGUGAAUUGAGAGUUAUUAUUGCUACAUCAGCAUUAGGAAUGGGCAUAGAUAUUAGUUCUUGUCAUUCUGUUAUUUUGUAUGGCCCACCUACAAGCAUUGUAGAUUUUGUACAAGAAUUAGAAGAAACAGAAUUAGUUAAUUGUAUUAAAACAACCACUCAUCUUUGUUGUGAUAUGUGUGAGGAGAAGUGUGACUGUGGCGGGUGUGAGAAGGGCGAGUUAGAGACUUUAUUAGAGGUAAAUGAAUGUGCUAAUUGUGAUGAUGCUGUGGAAGAUAGUGACACCGACACUGAUUUGUAUUAUAAUGAAGAUGAAUUUUCAGAUGAUGGCUUUAAUGCUUCUAUAGAUUAUGUGAAUAUAUAA